CGGGGGCCUUCUCACACUCUGGGUGGUAUAAAAGUUGCCAGAACAACCGCAAUACGGGCAUAACCGUCGUGAUCGCCUGACAGUGAAAAUCCAAAGUGCAACAGUUUAAUAAAUAACUCCAACUUAUUUGUGACAUUUUUCCAUUGUGCCCAGUGGAUACCCCAAUUAUACUCAUCACAAUGCGAGGGCUUGUUUUGAUGCUCGUGGUAUCAACAGUGGCCUGCGCCUGGGCGAAACCCGCCCCAGAGCCCCCAGUGGACUCCUACUUCCCUCCGUCCUCCGGAGGUGGUGGUGGCGGUGGUGGCUAUCCGUCAGGCCCAGUGGACACCUACGGACCUCCCCAGCGGCCCUCAGUCAUUCACAAACACGUCUACGUUCACGUACCACCACCCGAGGCACCAGAGUACAAACCACCAAAGUAUCUCCCACCACCAGCUGCCCCCCAGAAGCACUACAAAAUUGUCUUCAUCAAGGCGCCAACUCCACCUACUCCAACUGCACCUGUUCUACCGCCUCUGCCACCCCAGGAUGAGCAGAAAACGCUCAUUUAUGUUCUUGUGAAGAAACCCGAAGAGGCACCAGAGGUCACUCUGCCGACGCAGGCGCCGACGCAACCGAGCAAACCGGAAGUUUACUUCAUUCGAUACAAAACUCAGAAAGAACAAGGCGGAAGUUACGGACCACCAUCUCCUCCUCAAGACAGCUAUGGACCGCCGCAGAGUGGCGGUCCUGGUGGCCCCUACUAAUCUCAUCAACUUCUCGAAAAAAAAAAAAAAAGAAAUUGCUGCAAAUCUCGGUAACUAGUGCCACCAACCAAAAAUAUAAUUUUUGACACAUAACCGUACAUAAGUUUCCACAAAUGAAUUUGUAAGGAGAAUAAAUAUUUUUUUAUAAAAAAAAACUGAGGAGA